UUUACGUUACAAUUUCCCCUCCCCCAAUUUCUUUCCUCUUCCUCUUCCUCUCUUCUCCAUCAAUGGCGUUCCGGAGACCUCUUUGCAAGCGCUUUCUUGAUGCUUACAGAACUAAUCCGUUUUCACCAUCUCUCUGUUUCAGCCUCCGCCGCGAUUAUCUUUCUCCUCCGAUGGAUUCCGCCGUCAAGGCCGUUUUCCGGCGGUUGCUUCAUAGGAGAGCCAUCUAUCAUUCGCCUUCCACGCCUCCGAUCUCGGAGUUGUUGUCUACGUCGGUUGGCAAUAAGCUUCGAGAGAAGAUCGGAGGUAGCAACAUUACUGGAGAUCGAAUUCGGCUCGACGGCCUUAUACCUCCGGCUUCGUUAGAAAAUGAAUGCUCUGUUUCUGGAUGUGGAAUCUCGAUUGACGAUGCCAGGAAAAUCAUAAGGCUGUCACAGGUCGAGAAGCUUAAGGCGAAACUUAGAGAUAUCCCGAGGAGUUCGAUUUCGUACUCUGAGUUCACUCGGAUUUGUAUUGAUGAUUGUGGAAACAAGGAUGAUGGUGCUGAAUUCGCCAAGUUGUUGGAUAAAUCCGGCAGCGUCAUCGUCCUUGGGAACAUUGUAUUCCUCCGCCCCGAUCAGGUGGCAAAAUCAAUGGAAACGAUGAUAUCUCGAUCUAUAGCAACGCCAGACGACCCAAGAUUCAAACAACUAUCCGAAAUGGAGAAGCAGAAGGCAGCGAUUGACAAAAAGGCCAAGGCCCAAGUUCAGGCCGAGUUAUUUUGCGGAUUGGGCCUUGUAAUGGGCCAGACAUUGGGCUUCAUGAGGCUCACAUUCUGGGAGCUAAGCUGGGACGUAAUGGAGCCCAUUUGCUUCUUCGCGACAUCCCUUUACUUUACCCUCGGCUAUGGCUUCUUCCUCUCAACAUCCACAGAGCCCACUUUCGAAGGCGUCUUCCGACGUCGUUUUAAAGCCAAGCAGACGAAACUCAUGGCGUCUCAUAACUUCGACAUCGACAACUACAAUGAGCUCAGAAGAAUUUGCUAUCCAAACCACAGAGGAGGCUUAUCAUAAUACUCAGGUAAUUAUGAUAUACAUUGUCUUCCAAAUUUGAAAAAGAAAACGAAAAUGAGCGCGUA